UGGGCGGUAGCACAAUACCCAAUUUUUUAUUAUUUUCAAUUGACUGUCUAAGGUCGAGACUUUCCUAGCUCCGAAAUCUCAUGCAGACACUCUCACUAGCCUUAAAAUCUUUGCCUAUUGGAUUUGUGACAGGGUAAUUGCAUGUGGAUCGAUUCAUCAAGCUUGAGUUUUUCAAAUUCUGUUUAGGUUACAAUAUGUUGAUGGUUUUUCAAAUUUUUGUUACCUUAUCUUCACUCAAUAUACUCUGAUCUACAGCUUCAUUGAACCUGCAGUGGUUUUUAUUUGUCAAGCGAUUCUUGUCAAUACAAUGAGUGCCAGCGCUGUGGAAUGCUACAGCUGUCAUGAGGUGGGACACAUGGCUCGUGCCUGUCCGUCAGCUGAGAAGAAUGAUUCAGAUACCACCAAAACUGAAAAGAGGAGUGGAGGAACGAGUAAUGGAAGUGGCGUUUUGAAGGAAUGGAGGAGCGACCGGCGGUGGUCAGCACCAUAGAGUGCUACAACUGCCACGAGACGGGCCACAUGGCGCGCAACUGUCCCACGGCCGAGCACAAGCCGUCGGGACCGGCGCCGGGCGCGGCCGGACGGGGCCGAGGCCGCGGCAGGGGUGGACGCACCGUGUUCAGAGAGAAGUGCUACAAGUGUAACCGGAUGGGCCACAUGGCGCGCGACUGCACGGCCGGCGAGGACGUGUGCUACCGGUGCGACCAGCCGGGCCACAUCGCGCGCGACUGCUCCAACCCGCAGGCGGAGCGGCGCGGCCGCGAGCCGCUCUGCUACAACUGUAACGGUACCGGCCACCUGGCGCGCGACUGUCCCGACUCGGACAAGACGUGCUACACGUGCGGCAAAAAGGGCCACAUCAGCCGAGACUGCGAGGUCGACGACCGCAUGUGUUACGUGUGUGGCAAGAGCGGCCACAUCUCGUCCGACUGCACUGAGGCCAGCGGCGAGGAGAAGAAGCGCAUGUGCUACACGUGCAAGUCAACCGAGCACAUCAGCCGGGACUGUCCCGACAACCCGGCCGCCGGCGAGGACUCCUGCCACAGAUGCAAGAAGACGGGUCACAUUGCCCGCAACUGUAUGAAGUGCUACACGUGCGGUGACUUCGGUCACAUGGCGCGCGACUGCUCCCGAGACGGCUAGAGGAGGCCGGGCCGGGCCUGCGGGCCGCAGCCAGAAGCACACGGCGGGUCGGUAGCGCCGUCCAUGGGGCCGGCGGCCGUCCGCGCACCGCGGCGCCGCCACACGGCUGCCCCAGAGCAGCGAGAGCAAAUUCACGACCGACAAAUUGGGGAGAGAAAGACGAGGGAGACGACGCAGACGAGCCGUCCAGACGGCCGCAGUCAGUUCGGAGACGUUCGGAGAAGACGGCGCGGGUGCGGACGCGCCGCGGCGGCCCCGGCCGAGUUGGAGCGGCGAGCCGGGGCCUGUCCAGACGGGGAGACAGACGACGGGUGGCGCGCGCGCGCAGCGUGCAGCGCCAGCUGCCGGCGGCAGCGGCAGCUCUAAUGCUUUCCUCACUUCUGUUGCGCCCCGGGCCGGCGCGGCGCCCGUCCCGGUGAGUCGGGAGGCCGCCGCCCGGGGUCGGUUUGUUCUUCACACCCUACUUUCGUGCCCCUCGUGAGGGGAUGCGUAGCUUGGUUUGUUCGAGCAAAAUUGCGUGCCUUGUAUUCGAUCAUGUUUCUAAGCAAUAAAUUGUUUGCGUCUU